AUGGUUUGUUCUUUAGUUGCGUUUCUUUGCAUCUUCAUCAAAUCAGAGCAGCAGUCACUGCCAGUCACGCCUCCGGUCACCACUAUCGCGCCAUCAGUCACCACUAUCGCUCCUCCAUCACUCCUCAAGUUCAGCGGUCUUCAAGCCGCUAGGAAGGAAGGUCGAGCUGGUGAUGUUGCAGUGUUAGAGGCACAAAAGCGGCCAGGCAGGAGACCAUUCCCACCAUCGGCGAGAGGUCCGCCUCCGGCCCCUCACCCUCGCUUUGAGCCUGUUGAUCGCGAAAAGACUUGUCCUCUCUUGCUUCGAGUUUUCACUAAGGUGGGUGGUCAUCAUUCUAAAGAAGAUUUUGCGGUGAGAGGCAAGGAGCCCAAGGAUGAGGUUCAGAUUUAUACAUGGAAGGAUGCUACACUUCGCGAGUUGACUGAUCUGGCGGAGGUAGCUCCUGCAGCAAGGAGAAGAGAUGCAAGACUGUCCUUUGUAUUUGUAUAUCCUGACAAGAAUGGCCGUUUUGUGGUGAGAGAGACACCUUGCGAGACCAAACUAUGUCAGAUUAAUAACACAUUAGCAACGACUCGUUUGCAUUAUAAUUAA